AUGUUAAUAGGAGAAAUAUAUUCAACAAUAAUUUAUUGUUUUGCUACAUUUGGAUUGUUUUCUAAUUUGUUUUUAAUUUGGCUAAUUUUACGUUAUACAAUGAAAGAAAUGCAAGUUUAUAGCAAAAUACUUUUACAAACUUGUUUUGUUGAUAUUGUUGGGAUUUGUAUGUUUGUUGUUUCUCAACCGGUUUAUAUUUCUGAUAAUGGUGUUGGCACAAUUUGGAAUUACGGACCUAUACAUUACUUACCACAUCCAUGGCAAUAUAUUGUUUUCCGUAUUAACAAUUUUAUGGCAAGAUUUAGCUCAAUGAAUGUUACUUCAUUAUUUAUUUAUCGCUAUUUAGUAGUUGUUCGCAAAGUUGAAAUUAAAUUUAAACACCAAUUAUUGUUAAUUUUUUCUAUGAUAAUUCCGUUACUAAUUUUAAAUGUUUGUUCCUUUAUAUCAAAUUAUCCAACGCCAGAAAUUGAACAUUUAACAAAUCUUGAGUUGGCAAAAUUGUUAGGAUUGGAUAAUUAUACAAUUGAAAAUUAUGUUGUUGGACAAAGAACAAGAACCAACGACCUAUCAAUUUUUACUGCAAAUUAUGCUUCAGCAUUAACAAUAAUUAAUUAUAUAAUAAUUAUUUUUUGUGGAAUAAGUAUUCAAAUACAUGUUUAUCGUCAUUGUAAAGGUGUACAAAUGACUCAAUUACGUAAUGUGAAUAAACAAAUGAGUAUUGUUUUGGGGGCACAGGUAAAGCUAUAUGUACAUCAGAGGCGGGUCGGAAUUCCGAUUCCCCUAUCUUAA